CUGACUACUUCCGGGUUACAGACAUGGCGCAGGGAUUACUGGCAAAGGAGCAGAAAUAUGACAGACAGCUUCGGCUGUGGGGGGACCAUGGUCAGGGAGCGUUGGAAUCUGCUCAUGUCUGCCUUAUAAAUGCCACAGCUACCGGGACAGAGAUUCUGAAAAACUUGGUACUUCCUGGCAUUGGCUCCUUUACUAUCGUAGACGGAAAUGUAGUCCAUGGAGAGGAUGUUGGCAACAACUUUUUUCUUCAUAGAGGAACUAUUGGUCAGAAUCGAGCACAGGCAGCUAUGGAGCUUUUGCAAGAGUUAAAUGACUACGUCACUGGCAAUUUUGUCCCAGAGAAGCCAGAACACCUCUUAGAAAAGGACCCUUCCUUCUUCUGCAAAUUCACGGUGGUGAUAGCGACACAGCUCUCAGAGAGCACGCUGCUGCGUUUGGCUGAAACCCUCUGGGACUCUGGGAUUCCUCUUCUCAUUUGUCGAGCGUAUGGAUUUGUCGGCUACAUGAGAAUUGCUGUGAAAGAACACACCAUAAUAGAAUCUCAUCCAGACAAUGCACUGGAAGAUCUGAGACUGGACCAACCAUUCCCUGAACUCAGCGAGCAUCUUCAACUCUAUGACCUGGGUCACAUGGACAAAAAAGACCACAGUCACACACCAUGGGUUGUUAUCGUUGCCAAAUGUUUAGAGAAGUGGCGCGGUGAGAAUUUAGGGCAAAUCCCCAAAAAUUACAAAGAAAAAGAAGCUUUCCGAACUAUGAUCAGACAAGGUAUAUUGAAGAAUGAGAAUGGGCAACCAGAAGAAGAGGAGAACUUUGAGGAAGCAGUAAAAAAUGUGAAUACUGCAUUAAACAUCACAAAGUUACCAAGUAACAUUGAAGAGGUUUUCAAUGAUGAACGCUGCACUAACCUAACUCCACAGUCCACGCCGUUCUGGAUUUUGGCUCGCGCCGUCAAGGACUUUAUCUCUAUGGAAGGGAAAGGAAACUUACCUCUGCGAGGUACAAUUCCCGAUAUGAUUGCAGACUCCGACAAAUUCAUUAAAUUACAGAAUAUAUAUCGGGAGAAAGCGACAAAAGAUUCAGUAGCUGUGGAAAAUUACGUUUCCAAACUUCUGCAGUCUGUAGGCAAACCCCCAGAAUGUAUACCUGAAAAAGACAUUCGCCUGUUCUGUAGAAAUUGUGCUUUCCUCCGUGUUGUACGGUGCAGAUCACUAGCAGAGGAGUAUGGUGUUGACACUGCAAAGAAGGAUGAUAUUGUUUCUUUCAUGGAGAAUCCAGACAAUGAGAUUGUUCUGUACCUGAUGCUAAGGGCAGUCAACAGGUUUCAGAAGCAACAUGGCAGGUACCCAGGGAUUUAUCAUUAUCAAAUUGAAGGAGACUUUGGGAAACUAAAAAGCUGUUUGCAAGGAUUCCUCCAGGAGUACGGGUUGUCGCUGAGUGUGAAGGAUGAGUACAUCCAAGAAUUCUGUCGAUAUGGAGCAGCUGAACCUCAUACCAUUGCGUCUUUCUUAGGAGGGGCCGCUGCUCAGGAAGCAAUAAAAAUAAUAACCAGCCAGUUUGUUAUAUUUAAUAACACUUUUAUCUACAACGGAAUGUUACAGACAUCUGCGAGCUUUCAGCUAUAAACUGACUCACUGUAUUAUAAUACCUGUAAAUGUACUGCUAUCCGAGCUCUGUAAAAUAGUCAUUGUUAACUGUAACCUUCUCAGUAGCCUGAAAAUAAACAUUAUUAGUCUUUC